GCCGCCGCUGGAGUAGAUCGCUCGCGGCGUAUGUAAUGUGUGCUGUAGUAGUGCAGUGAUAGUGUUAUCGGAUUGGCUUGAUCAUGUUUCCUCGGUGGAGGACGUUGGUGGGGGUAUGGUGUGUGCUGCUAUCCGCGGCGUGGGCAGAAGAUGCUCCUCCGAGGCUCGUCAGCAAGGACAGUGACCAAGACCUGAUCGCCGAAGCUAGCAAUGCAGGUGCCCAAGCCCAGAAGCGGGAAGGGGCGUUAUCGAACUCUUAUGGCGAACCACUGCCUCCGGACGCGUACGGUCCACCACAGGAUCUUUCCAAUAUCAUUCCAGAUUUCCAACUACCGGCACCAGUGUACGGAGUACCAGACCUGCAGGAAACACCGCCAGGCGCCUAUGGUCCACCUUCACCAGUCGUCUUCCCCAGCCAAUCUUACGAAGGCCCUCCACCUCCAGUCUCCAAGCCAAAACCUGUAUAUGGACCUCCAAAAAUCUACGGGCCACCAAAGCAAACAUAUGGCCCGCCCAAACCGAUCUAUGGUCCACCAAAGAAGACUUAUGGACCUCCAAAAUUUAGUCUUCCUAAGCCCGUAUACGGAGCACCGUUCAAACCGCCAAAGAUAAGCUUCCCAAAACCAAUUUAUGGGGUACCUAAGCCGGUAUAUGGGCCACCUAAACAAGUUUAUGGACCACCAAAGCCGAUAUAUGGAACUCCUUUGCUGAAUGUGCCAAAUCUGCCUAAUAUACCAAACCUACCGAUAGCUGAACUUCCUCCAGUAUCAACUAGUAUAGGCAGCAUCAGUUCUAACAUUGAUCUUGGCUUCAACUUACCGGCUCCAAUCUAUGGAACCCCAAUUCCAUCUUUACCAUUGGAUUUGAAACCCAACUUCCCUGUGCCGGCAGAAACUUAUGGACCACCUGGACAUCCUGUUGGCCCCAUAGGUCCUAACGAUCAAGUCGUAGUUCAUGAUAGUAAUGUUGGACAUUAUGGGCCGCCCCAACCAGACCCAAAUCCUCGGCCACCACACCCAGGCAUUCCAGCGCCCCCAACACCACCUCACGUAUUGUACGAUGGUUGGAAGCCAAUACCAGGGAUCUCCAAACCAUUGAUUGAACAUGUGGAACAAAACAUUGGUGAUCAGUACGGACCGCCGCCGCCUCUACCGCAAGCGCAAGAUAUACAUGUAAAUCUAGACGGUCAAUCUUUGCCAGAUGCCCAUCAACAUCAAUCUUUCAGUGGUGGUUCUGCUCAAAUAACCACUGGUUACUCUAGUGUUCAUCAAGAUGCUUUAGCGAAUAUUGAUAUAAAUGCUAUUGUUGGAGGAGAUUCUAACCACAUCGACCAAUCUAAAACAGUAUAUGAAGCGCAUUAUACGGAACCUGCUAAUCCUCAAGAAGAUUUAGCUUUUAUCCAGAGUUCGAUACCAUCCGGACUAGCGAUUCCUUCAGGACUUGAAAAGCCAAUAGAUACUUAUUCAGCUCCACCUGUAGAGUCACUGUCCAAUGGUCCGUACCCAGCGUCGAUAAGACAACAAGGAGCUAAAGGUCUUUUACCUCCAUCAGGAAUCUACGGAGUUCCACCUGGAAGUCACUAUGGGGCUCCUCCAAAGCCUCUUCCUCAUAAUCUACCAAUCCCUUAUGGCAGUCACUCUGGUGGUGGCCAUUCCGGUGGUAGCACUCCAAGGCACCCUAUCAAAUUCAGAGAAGGAGUGCCAGACGGUCUUCUUCAACAUGUAGGAAAGGUCACACGCCAUAAAGAUAUCCAUACAAUAGAUCACAUUAAUCAAGGGCCUCAGUACUUGCCACCACCAAUCCGAGACGUUAAAGACGUGGCUCAUCAAACAGGAAAUAGUGGUAUUGGCAGUCUUGCAUUGUCUAUCGAACCGACAAACUUAUACAGCUUACCGCAUGCAGGAAAUCCCAUUAACUUCAACGUGCAGCAACCCAGCAGCACAUAUGGUUCGCCUAUCGAUUCUUACUCAGUGCCUUUGCAUACAGUUGGAGAUCAUACAGCCUUAGGUUCUAACACCAAUUCUGUAACAGCUACGCUCGAUGGUACUAUUCUUGCCAAUUUGUCUAAUUUGGAAGCUGCUGCUAUUCUAAAACACUGCCCCUAUCACGAGGCUAUUCUUAAAGCUGCCAAAUAUGGUAGCAAAAUACCAUCAGAAUUGGCUUCCAGCUAUGUAGCCAGUUUGAGUUCUUUAGGAUCAACUCUGUCAAAAAAUCAACAAACUUUAAUUUCACCACAGAACGCUUUUAACACUCCUGCACCUGGUAGCGAAAGUGUAUCCUACAAUGCUAAAGACUUAGCCACCGCAUCACAUACAUUAGUACAGACAAUCCUACCAAACAAUGACGCUAAGAAAGAAAAGAACGAAAAAGUUAUUACACAUAAAGCAAAGGCGAUGAAAGAUAAGCAUAACAUCAAAGACGAUAGACUUAAAUUUGUCUCAGAGCAAAUUCAACAAACGUCUGAAAAAAUCAAAAGCCUGAGUGAAGAAGCUAAACUGCUGCAACAAAAGAUCGUUACAACAAACCAAAACAUACAUCAAGUGAACAGCCAUGUGCAACAUUAUAAUCAAGAAAUACCCGUGAAAGGAAAACAUGGAAGUUAUUCAAUCCAGAUCCAAUCAGCCGAUGGAUCUGGAGGUAAGGCUGGUCCACCGUCAAUCCCUCAUGAACAAUUACUAUCAGAAGGAUUGUUACAAAGUAUUCUCCAAGCUAUUGAACAGCCUUCAUCAAAUCCUGGACCACAAAUUCAGACUGCCAAAGUUCACUCCCACAACAACUUCCAUAGCCACAAUAACUUCCGAACUCAAGGUAACUUCCAAGCAAGUUCAUCGGACUUUAGUAAUAUAGGUGAUUUCGGAGGUCUCACUCUGCCAGCUGGCUACGAACCAAUCGAUAGGACAAAAGAAAAAAAUAAAAAGACAGACCAAGAGGUUCAGAGUUCAAAUAAAGACAUCAAAUCGAUCUUACACAGGGAAAUAAUUCAUAAACACAGAGGCGAUAUUCCAGAGUGUGAUUUGAGGUCUGAGAAUUCUGUGAAACACUCAGUUAUUCUCCCACCUCCUAAAAUAGAAAAUAUAGAGCCAGUAGACGAAAUAGAUGAUAAUGACGUCGCUAUAUUCUUUGGAGAUAGUGCUCCUAAGAAUGAAGCGACCGAAAAGAAUGAGCCAGUGACCGAAAUAUCUGUAGCCACUAGUAUAAGUGAGAAUGUAGAUCAAUAUGGUAGUAAAAAGUCUGAAUUUGGGGACAAAAUAGUUAAGUCGUGAGCAUUUAGUUGUGCGAUAGAUUCUAGUCUGUUUUUACCAGUGAGCUGUAGUUGACAUAAGUAAAACAAACAAAAUGUAUUGCCAAAGGAUAUAACACCUACACCACCGUUUAAAAUUACUUUGAACAUGUGAUUGUCAAAUCAGGGAUACUGCACAUUUGCAUGGUUUAAAAAAAAUAUUGUCAAAUUUAUUUAUCAAAAAAUUUAUAUGAUUUGCUCAAAAUAACACUAUCGUAGUAAAAACGCUCACUGGCGCCAUUUCGGUAAUCUAAGCCAUCAGAUGCUUGAGACGUAUGCAUUUGCUAAAUUCUACGUCUAGACUUCAACCGGAUAUUGUAGUUUAAGCAGUCAUUAUUAAGAUUUUCUAGUAAAAAUUGGCACUGAGUAAUGAAUUUUUGGUUUUAGUUAAUACCAAACAUUUUUCAAUACUAUUAAAAUCAGUGUCAUUUUUUAUUUACAGACUGUUAUUUAGUUAGACUCAAUGUUUUGUGGCGACAAUAUUUAUUCAUUUCUCCCAAUAAAGAUUCGUAUUUAUUAUGAACAAUCAGUAAAUGCAAGAACUUAUUGUUUGCAGUAUUUAUUCUACAUCGCCCUUUAUUUAGCGAGUCUGUAAUAAGUAAGAACUAUAAUUUGAACUGGACCCACAGUUCGUUAGAUCUAAGAUUUUAGAUCUUUCUGCACUAACCUGAGUACAGUUCAAAUAUUUUAAAUUAGUUACCCCAGCAAUUGAAGUCGUUCUGAGCUGUAGUAUCACACAAUUUUUCAACUUUUGAUAGUGACCUUAUUUGAAACCACAUUCAGUCAACUGCAUAGUUGACCAUUAUCCAAGGUAGAGUGCGAGAUCAGAGUCGCUACGUAAAAAAACCUGACUUACCUACUUCAGCACCAUACAGAAGGAACCAUAUGGAGAGCACGAAAACGGAACUAACACCAAGUGUUGUAUUUUUUAGACGUAUACAAAACGAAAUGGAAUCCGGUUUAUUUUAUAAACACAGUUGGAACAGCGUCCUAAAGUUAGUAUCUUAAUCGUAUUUUAGAAAGUCAAGUUAACACUAAGAUGUGUGCGAGUAACUUUUCCUUGAACUUUCUUUUGCUGGGGUAUAAAUUAUGAUAAUGUUAUUUAUAAUAUUAACCAUAGUAUAUAAGCGUUCGUAGUAUUCGGUGUUAUUUAUUUGAUUCGAACGAAUUAGUCGAUAUAGUAUGUACUGUUUUGUACAAUAUUUUGUUAUUUAAGAUUUGAAUAAAUUGUACAGUUAUUUAUGA